AUGUGUUUGGCUCCCCGGCUCGGCCCCGCCCACCUGCGCGCUCACCUGCGCAUAUUUUAUGCUAAUGAGCAGGUGCAGCGGUUCUUGAGGCGCGCGGCUGGUCGCUCGGGGAUGAUCCGGAUGGAGCAGCGCAGGGAGCAGCGGGAGUCCAGCCGGAGGGUUUUCACCAGCAGCGGGAGCAGCAGGAUAAAGCAGCAGAAAUGGGACACCGCUUCCCAGGGAGGGCAGGACCUCCAGCCAGCAGCUGCUGCGUUAGAAACCAACACGUCUUCCUCCAGUCAUUCACUGGUCAGCCAGACUGCUGCGUCCAACCUGACGUCCAACCUGACGUCCUCAAGCAGGGAAAGUACACCAACCUUCUCAUGGACCCUCAGCUCUGACCAAUCAUCUGCAACCACAGAAGCAACCAGCCAAUCACCAACCACCACAACACGAACCAGCAAAACCCCAGCUAGCACAGCAUCAGCCAGCGAACCACCAACCACCAUAACACAAACCAGCCAAUCACCAACCAGCACAACAUCAGCCAGCCAACCAUCAGCCAGCACAACCCAAACCAGCCAAUCACCAACAAAAACAGUACCAGUCAGCGAAUCACCAAUCACCACAACACAAACCAGCCAAUCACCAACCACUACAGUAUCACCCAGCCAAUCACUAGGCAACUCAACACAAACCAGCCAAUUACCAGGCAGCACAACACAAACCAGCCAAUCACCAACAAAAAAAGUACCAGCUAGCCAAUCACCAACUAGCACAGCAUCAGUCAGAAAGGCAUUAGGCAAUACAACAAAAGCCAGCCAAACACCAACAAAGAAGGCACAACCUAGCCAGUCACCAACCAGCAAAGCAAAAUCCAGCCAAUCACCAACCAACACAGUGCCAGCCAGCCAAUCACCAGACAUCAAUGCACCAGCCAAGACCUUAUCUGACCAUUCAGCAGGCAGUACUACCGAACCUAGCCAAUCAUUAUCCAGCCAAACACCAUUGAGCCAAUCAACAAAUGGCUCAAAAACAUCAAACCAAUCAUCACUCACUGCAACGUCUUCCAAUCAAUCACCAACCCCUUUGAUAGCAGCUAAUCAAUCCACAAACAGCUUGAAAACAUCACAGCACAUAUCACCCAGCUUAACAUCACACAACCAAUCCCUGACCAGCUCUGUACCAUCAAACCAAUCACCAUCUGGUUCACCAGGAAACACAGUCAGCGGAGAAGAGCGUCCAGUUAACAUUUCACUGCUUGCCAGGCAGGCGAAGGAAGCCCUAAGGUCAUCGAUUCGUAGGAUUCAAGGUAUGUUUAUAAAGGUUCAUGUUCGUAAUUUAGCACCCACUUCAGAUCUGUGGGGAGGAGGUAUUGGUUUUACUGUCCCUUAUGAAACUACAGGUUGA